AUGAUUGAAAAGACGGGCAAAUCUUCGAGAAGAAAGAGACACUCUUCUAGUGGAGGAUGCUCGAAAACAUUUAAAUGCCACGGAUAUGGUGAUUGUCAAAUGGAGUUCACGAGACAGGAGCACCUGGCUAGGCACAUCAGGAAGCAUACGGGCGAGAAGCCGUUCCAGUGUCAGCUGUGCUUGCGUUUUUUUUCCAGGUUGGACAAUCUAAAGCAACAUACGGAGUCUGUGCACUCGGUUUCGAUGGGCAACACGUAUCUGAAAUGUGCGAAACCCAAUCGUUUAUGGUUGCCCGUGUCUACGCCUCCGGGGAGAGGUUCGGGUGUUGUUGGAGGAAGUUGGGAUGGAUACAGGGCCGAGCAAGAACUUGGCCUAGAACUUAAUCAAAACCAAAACCAAAACCUGGCGCAGGCGCCAGGCUUCAGAACCAAGCCGGUGUUGCCACCGACUCCCCCCGUCGUUGGCCACUCGUUUGGCCUCAUGCCGCCGCUUUCGAAGUGUCCUUCCCCAACGGCCAGCGAGUUUUCCCAGCAUCCUGUAGUCGACUUCAAAAAUUAUGAGCUGACUGUAGGGCCCAUCGUGUUUCCACACAGCAAACCACCUUCAAAUGUUUCAAGCAGAAACCCAUCCCAGAACCAGAACCAGAUCCAGUACCAGCACCAGCAUCAGCACCAGCAGCAGUACCACCAGCAACAAAUACAUCUUGGAAUGCCACAGCGGGUCAUCCCACAAACCAUCUUCUGUCAGCGUCUACCCCAGAUGUAUUCCCCAACUUUCGCGGGCUUCGACGAAAAUUAG